AUGUCAUCGUUCUCCGAGGCGGCCCUGGAAAAGAAGCUGUCGGAGCUGAGCAGCUCUCAGCAGAGCGUCCAGACGCUGUCCUUGUGGAUCAUCCAUCACCGAAAACAUUCGGGCCUCAUCGUCAAAGUGUGGCACAGAGAACUCAAGAAAGCUAAAACCAGCAGGAAGCUGACGUUCCUCUAUCUGGCCAAUGAUGUCAUCCAAAACAGCAAGAAGAAAGGACCCGAAUUCACCAAAGACUUUGAGUCGGUCCUCAUUGAUGCCUGCUCUCACGUCGCCAGUGAAGUGGACGAGAGCUGCAAAAAGCACAUGGAGAGACUCCUGAACAUCUGGAAGGAGCGCAACCUUUACAGAAGCGACUUUAUUCAGCAGCUCACUCUAGCCAUCGAAGACUCCAACAGCCCACAGCCUACAGGUUUCGAAGAAAAGAAACCGGUGAAACGAACCUAUCAGAAGAUCCAGCAAGAGGAAGAGGAUGAAGAGGAUGACGACUACAGAAGCAUCACAUCUCCUCGCAACACGGACGCCUCUGCUAAUCAGCUGGUAACAGAGGAGCUGGUGAAAGCACUGCAAGACUUGGAAAACGCCGCUUCCGGAGAUGCAGCUGUACGACAGAAAAUCGCCUCGUUGCCGCAGGAGGUCCAAGACGUCUCACUACUGGAAAAAAUAACUGACAAGGAGGCAGCAGACAAUCUGUCCAAGACGGUGGACGAAGCAUGUCUGCUGCUGGCAGAGUACAAUGGCCGCCUAGCGGCAGAACUGGAAGACCGCAGGCAGCUGGCUCGCAUGUUGACUGACUACAUUGGCAGCCAGAAGGAGGCGCUGGUGGAACGAGAGAAGAAGCUAGAGGAAUACAAGCAGAAGUUGGCCCGGGUGACCCAGGUGAGGAAGGAGCUCAAGUCGCACAUCCAGAGUCUGCCUGACCUCUCCCUUCUUCCCAACGUAACCGGCGGUCUGGCCCCGCUCCCUUCAGCCGGUGACCUCUUCUCCACUGACUGA